CGAAGGUAUCCCCAGCGCCGGAGCAUUCGCAGCCGCCGCCAUCCCACUCUCCUUCUUCUGGCUGCGUGCAUCCAAGCCGCAGCGCAUCCAGCCUCGAGCCCAGCAUCCACUUAUCUCUCCGGAGCCUCCCCAGUCUGGGAAAAAGUCUCACUCCUCCAGCGUUGCAGGCUUCCCUUGCAACGCGUAGAGCCUGGAGCCUGGGAAGGAGGCCUCGGGAAGCAUCCAGGCCCUGCGCCCCGACAAGCCCAAGCCAAACGGUGUCCGAGCGAGCCGGGGAUCGCCUCCCUGCAUUCGGAGAGGGAGCGCAGCUGACAGCAGAGGCGCAGGCUAUGUCGGAGCCUGGGAAGGGGCCGGACGAGCCCGACGAGGGCCAGUACGACUCGGGCAUCGAGUCGUGGCGCUCGCUGCGCUCCCUGCCCGAGCCGCCCCUAACCUCGGGGCCCUCAGACGGCUGCCCCCAGCCUCGGACGAGGAUCCGUCCCCCCUCAGGGACCAAGGGGGACCUGAAGGAGGAAGAUGGGGAGCGGAUGGACUCCGCCUACGGCUCGUCUUCGCUUACCGAGCCUCUGCCCCCGCUGGGGGGCCCCGAGGCCGUGGAGGGCGGGGAACCCCGCGAGCCGGAGGUCCGGGUGGGAACGCUUAGCCCGCAGCAGCUGGAGGCGCUCACCUACAUCUCUGAGGAUGGAGACACGCUGUUACACCUGGCAGUGAUCCACGAGGCUCCUACCGUGCUGCUCUGCUGCUUAGCUCUGCUGCCCCAGGAAGUCCUGGACAUACAAAAUGACCUUUUUCAGACAGCCUUGCACUUGGCGGUAUACCUGGACCAGCCCGACACAGUCCGGGCCCUAGUGCAGAAAGGAGCAAGCCAGACACUGCAGGACAGGCAUGGGGACACAGCUCUGCACCUGGCCUGUCAACACCAGCACCUGGACUGCGCUCGCUACCUCUUAGAGGCCACACCUGAUCGAGGUCGGGGCCAACACCAUCAUCCGGAGCUUCAGCUGCAAAACUGGCAAGGCUUGGCCUGCCUACACCUUGCUACUUUGCAGAGAAAUCGGCCGAUAAUGGAAUUGCUUCUCCAGAACGGGGCUGACAUUGACAUCCAGGAGGGCACCAGUGGGAAGACCGCCCUUCAUCUGGCUGUAGAGACACAAGAUAGGGCUUUAGUGCGGUUCCUGCUUCGGGCAGGGGCUCGGGUGGAUGCCAGAAUGCACAAUGGCUGUACCCCUCUCCACCUGGCCGCUGGGCGACACCUGUCCGGCAUCGCUGCCACUCUGUGCCAGGCGGGUGCUGACUCCUUGCUCCGGAAUGUCGAAGAUGAAACACCACAGGACCUAGCUGAAGAUCCUCUCACUCUCCUGCCCUUUGAUGACCUGAAGAUUUCUGGGAAGCCACUGCUAUGUACUGACUGAAGUCAGGCCUGGGUCCUUAUGGCCUCCUUCCUCACCCCAACCUCCUCAGCUGGGCACUCCAGCUCACAAGGGUGAUCAGCAGCUGCUCUGGGCCUUUCACUGUCUUCAGUGUCCUACCACAGAAGGGGUUGGCGUGGGUGCAAAAGCCACUGAGAGAUGGGAUUGACCGGCCACAGGCUGAGCAGAAUCUCUAUGAGCUGAGAGGACUCAGGAUUCCAAGGAACAGACAAAGAAAUUACAUCACAGAGGCAAUUUUUUUGAAAGGAAGUCAACUUUCUUAGACUCGUCAUGGAAGGAAGGAGUAGUGAGAUGCUUGCAGCAGCAGGGGUCCUCUCUCCACUUUACAAAUACGGAACCAGAGACACAACCCAUUGUGGUUUAUCAGGGGCUGUAGCCCUGUUGCUGGGAACACUUCCAGAGCAAGCCUGAAGCAGAUGGCUGAGGGAAGAGGAUGAAGCAUCACCAGGAGUUUGUCCUGUAGGAAAACCCCCUCUUGUUGCUGAGGAUUAGUAGGAAAUAGUUGUUUAAGGGACUUUUGUGAGAGAAACCCUGGACUAUGUUUUGAGGAAGGGGAAUGAUAUGACACUAAAAAAGCAAAGUGUUUUGACUGUU